AUGUCCACCGAUUUAGCAGCUGACGUAAAGAAGAGACGUGUCGAUAAUGGACUAAAGAAGAAAUCGAACCAUUCCAAAAUUUACCAGCCUUUUAGAGCGAUCGGUUACAUAACGAAUGAAGUUCCAUAUGUAAUAAACAAUCAUAGCAACGAAUAUUUCCUCACUACUUGCGUUGGAAGUAGUUUCCAAACAUAUAAUCUUGGCAAAAUGAACUUACUUUUCGUCAGUACGCCUACAGAAGAGCCUAUUACAGCACUUGCUACAUACAGGAAAAUAGUUUACGCUGCAGCAGGCAAUCAAGUCAUUGGAUAUAAGCGAGGCAAAGAAAUCUCGAGAGUAGGAGGAAAGGACAACUUCACCAUUAUGCAAAUCCUUAUUCUCGGUGCUUAUAUUGCAGCUCUUUGUGAUGAUAAUACUCUUAAAUUGUGGGAUACAAACACUGGAGAUCUCUAUACCGAGAUUGAAUUCGGAGAAGAAUUUACAGCAACACAAAUGCUUCAUCCUUCUACCUACCUCAACAAAAUUUUAGUGGCCAGCACUCAGGGCACUAUGCAAAUCUGGAAUAUUAGAACGAAUAAAAUGAUUUAUCAAUUUGGUUAUAUGGGUGCACCCAUUACCUGCCUCACGCAAUCACCUGUCGUGGACGUUGUAGCAAUUGGCUUAUUGGAUGGUACCGUGACCCUUUAUAAUAUUAAAGCUGACGAGAAGAUCGAUAGCGUACGACAGGAUGAUAGAGUCACUGCAAUUACAUUCAGAACAGAUGGCGAACAGAUUAUGGCUACUGGUAGCAUGCACGGUGAUGUUGCAUUAUGGGACCUUUCAGAACGUAGACUAGUACACAUCAUGAAGAACGCCCAUGAUGGAUAUGUUACCAAUUUGACGUUUUUGUUGAAUCAACCAAUUCUCGUUACUGCUGCUACAGAUAACUCGGUUAAGCAAUGGAAAUUUGAAAAAAAUAAUUCAGUGCCCAGCAUCUACAAAUCCCGCAGUGGACAUCACGCACCUCCAUCAAAAAUUAUAUAUCAUGGUGAAAACUUCAAAACAGUCCUCAGUGCAGGCCGCGAUCGAGCUUUAAGGUCUUUCAGUACCGUUCGUGAUGCUCAGAAUUUUGAAUACUCUCAGGGACGUAUAGCCAGAAAAGCCAAGGUUCAAAAUACACGCAUGGAUGAUUUGAAAUUACCCCCAAUAAUUGAUUUUGACGUCAACGAUACGAAGGUGAAAGAAUGGGAUAAUAUUAUAACAUGCCACGCCAAUGAUAAUGCUUGUCGUACCUGGUCGUCGAAGAAUAAAAGAUUGGGUAAGCAUGUUUUGAUGAGUACCGAUAAAUCAGCAGUGAAAGCUACGUGUAUUUCAGCAUGCGGUAAUUACGGCUUCCUUGGCUGCGCCUCUGGCUUAAUUGAUAUGUAUAAUAUGCAAUCGGGAUUACACCGCAAACUGUUUACCGGAGACGAAAAUGGACAUAAGAAACCUAUUACUGGCUUAACAACAGACGCUAUUAAUCGUUUCUUAAUUUCAGCGUCAGUAGAUAAAAUGGUUAAAAUUUGGGAGAUCAAAACGGCCACACUUUUACAUACAAUUAAGCUUGAAUCACCCAUUGUCUCUAUUCGACAUCAUAAAGAUAACGACCUACUGGCUGUUGUAUGUGACGAUUUAGGCAUUCGCAUUAUUGACCUUGAAACUAGAAGAGUCGUAAGAGAGUUUUGGGGACACAGAAACCGUAUUACAGACUUUACUUUCAGUCCUGAUAGUAGAUGGAUUGUAUCGGCGUCGCUGGAUGGAACAGUGCGUACAUGGGACUUACCAACAGGAUCUAUGGUAGAUAUAUUCAAGGUUGAAGAUAUAGUCACUUGUUUAGCCUUUUCACCUGAUGGUGAUUUCUUAGCAACUGGCCAUGUUGACAAUGUCGGAAUCUUCCUUUGGGCUAAUCGUACACAAUAUGCCAAUAUAUCCUUGCGUAAUAUUACCGAAGAAGAAGAGGCGAGCGUAAAAACACUGUCAUUACCUACACUGCAGGGAUUAGAUACUUCAGACACAGAAGAGGAGGAUUCCGAUUUGGAAGACGCAGUUCUGCAGGACAACUUGGAAACAGUUGAUCAAAUUACAGAUAAUAUGAUUACUCUUUCUAUGGAACCUAGAGCGAAAUGGCAAAACCUGUUACAUUUGGACACAAUCAAGUUGCGUAACAAACCAAAAGAAGCCCCUAAAUUACCAGAAAAGGCGCCUUUCUUCUUACCAACCUUGCCCGGAGCGAAAGUGCAAUUCAGUUUAGAUAAAAGUGACAAGAACUCUGAAGAAAAGGGAAAAGAUGCAUUAGAAUCGCGAACACUUCACUUUUCAGAAUUGAAUACAGAUACAGAAUUUACUAAACUACUUCGAGCAGGCUACGAAGCAGAUAAUAGAUAUGAUCGAUUUGUUGACUAUGCCAAAUCAUUAAGUCCUUCAGCUUUUGAUUUAGAAAUUCGAUCUUUUUCAAUUGAUUCAGAACUGACAGUUCUAAAUCAUUUCUUGGCAGCCAUUCUAUUUAUGUUGAAAACAAGAAAGAAUUUUGAAUUAGUGCAAGCAUGGUUAUCUGUAUUUUUAAAAAUACACGGUGAUUUAAUCGUCUCAAAUCCCAUUAACCCAAUUCACGACAAAUUGAAACAGAUUCUCGAUCUUCAAUCGAAAGAAUUUGGUAGAUUAUCAGAACAAAUUCAUUAUAGUCUAUGCUUGAUUGAUUUUGCCCGCAGAGCAUAA